CUCAAAGCUCGGCGACUCGUGGUGGACGUCAAUUGGCCUUGCCAAAUGGCUAUGCACGUCAAGACGAUUCUUCCGAAAGACUCUAACCUCUAUAAAUCUCUUAAAAACUCUGGUCGUCCGAGUCGAAUCCUGGGAGACUGUGAUCAGCGACACAACUCCCUUCGCCAUGCCAGUCAUCAAGUUCGCUACGUCCAAGUCUUUUGAACAGCUCAUCAUCCUGCACCUUCCACCAGACCCAAGUGUCCUAAGGAGUGAAAUCAUCUUCGAGACAGACUUUAAUCCCCUGGUCGAAUACUCGGAUGGCUUCUUUGCCGCCUACAUAGCGCAGCAAUUGAAACGAAAAUCUCACAAGAAGGAUUUUGCUUGCCUCAUUGUUGGACUCGAAUAUGGCUCGAGCUUCUCGGAAAGAGGCAGGGAUCCCGGCAUCUCGCGACGGGUUGAGGCCAUGUUCAAGACCGAGGUUCUGGCUAAUGUCAAGCCCACGCAGAAGGUGGAGGACGUCAAGAUUAGGAUGGAUAUGUGGAAGUUUCAAAGUCUCAGGGAGUACGCAAAGGAGCUCGAAGGACUCGACAGGCAUCUUCUACCUGACUACGUCUGGACUUUGCUUGAGAAGGAGGAUGAGAUCGAAGGGUCUGACUCCGAGUCAGCUGUCUUGCGAUCGGAUGACGAGCUGUCGGACUUUUGAAGGGUUGAGUGCAAGAGCCGAGGUGACGAGUGUGACGUGCUUGGUAGACGUUUCACGGGCUGGAUUGGUAGUGGUCCCCCGCCUGAAUUGGAUAGGCCAGGUCGAGAGAUGAAAUAUCUCUCUGUACAUACAUCAGCUCUGGGAGGUCUGUGGAUAGACAGGUGAGCUAUCCAACGACAGGCUGUUUCAAGACGGGAGGCUAGAAUUGGUAGUAUGCUGCCGAGGAGUCAGAUUGAGAAGAGAUCUUG